AAACAGGACUAAUAAGUCAAGCCGUUUGGUAUAAUGAUCCAAAAAUAGUGAGCCAGCCAUGCUCGGCGAAUUCAUUAUUCGAAGAAGCCAUACUUAGACUUGCUGAAGAGAAACCACAUCUGAUAUUCGAAACAGAAAUAGAAUACAAGAAAAAACUUAUAGAAGGUUUAUACAAAAAACCUGUUAAUAAGCUUUUAAGAGAAUAA